UCUUUUUUCACAAUUUUUUGUUUGUUUAUUUAAAAAUUUCAGAACACGACUGCGGUGCAGUUUGCAAAUUUUAGUUUUAAAAUUUUUAUUUAAAUACUAGUAUAAUGGGUAAGAAAGAUAAGAAAAAGGGGAAGGGUGCAGAAAAAACUGCUCUCAAAACUGAAAAGAAAGCUUUGAAAAGCUUGAAAAAAGAUUUAGCUGCCAAAGGCGAGGUUGACAUAGCAAAAUUAAUUGCUAAAUCUCAAGAGAAAGACAAGAAAAUCCAAGCUAGUUCUAUUGAACCUUGUUCUCAACCAUCUCCUAGGAGUGGUUUUACUCUUUGUCCUCAUCCUGAUAAAGAUGAAUUAAUAUUGUUUGGAGGUGAAUAUUUUAAUGGCUCUGAGACUACUAUGUUUAAUGAGUUGUAUAUAUAUAAUAUUAAGAAAGAUAAAUGGAGCAUUUUGAAAUGUCCAGUCGCACCUCCACCACGAUGUUCUCAUCAGGCUAUUGUUGUGUCACAAAAUGGUGGACAAAUGUGGAUUUUUGGUGGGGAAUUCGCAAGUCCAACGAAGUGCAGUUUUUAUCACUAUAGAGAUUUAUGGGUUCUACAUUUUGCAACCAUGACAUGGGAACAAGUGAAGGCACCAGGUGGUCCAUCUGCCCGCAGUGGCCAUCGAAUGGUAGUCAGUCGAAAGCAAAUAGUGUUGUUUGGUGGAUUUUAUGAAAUUAUUGGGGAUUACAAAUAUUUCAAUGAUGUUCAUAUAUUCAAUCUUGAAACCUACACAUGGACUAAAGUUGAGCCCACAGGAAAAGUACCAAGUCCUCGAUCCGGUUGUCUAAUGGCUCCUCUUACAGAUGGUCGCAUACUUGUGUAUGGAGGUUACAGUCGAGAGCGUGUAAAGAAAGAUGUCGAUAAGGGAACUAGUUAUACAGACCUGUACUACUUACAAGCAGAUGAAAGAACAGGCACUCAAAAAUGGAAAUGGGUACAAUCUAAAAGUAGCGGCCUUCCUCCAUCUCCCCGAAGUGGCUUAUCUGUCGCAGUUACUGUCAACAACUUUGCUUAUGCUUUUGGGGGUGUGCAUGACGAACAGGAUGAGGAUGAACUUUUGAGUGGCAUAUUUCAAAGUGACCUGUAUCAAUUAGAGUUGGAAAAAGGACGGUGGACGCUAAUUACUCCACAAGGAAAAGGGUCCAAAAUUGAGAAAAGAAGGCGUAGGAAGGCUAAAGAGGAUGAAAAAGAGGGGGAAUCUGAAGAGGAAGAUAUUGCCGAAGAACUGGAAAAGACUACUAUUUCAGAGGCUGCUGCAACAACUUAUGAUGAUAGUAUAUUUACUGUAAAAAUCGGUGCUAGUGCCUCUCAGUCUACUUCUGGGGAUGCUGGAGCUUCUUCUGCAGAUAAAGCAGCUUCUGCAGAUGUGUUUAUUCCAAAAGCUCGAAUGAAUGCAGGGAUGGUAAUUAAGAAUGGCAUACUGUACUUGUAUGGUGGAACAUAUGAAGAAGGUGAUAAGCAACUAACACUUUCAGACUUCCAUGCCUUAAAUAUUCAUAAAGUAGAUGAAUGGCGGACUCUGGUACCAUUUGUAGCCGAAAAAAUAGAAUGGAUUGAAUCGGAGGAGUCCGAAUCAGAUGAAGAUGAUGCAGAUAUGGAUGAAGAAGAUGAUAGUGAUGAAGAUGAUGGAAUGGACACAUCUUGAACCUGCCUACAUACUUGAUGGAGCAAUGUAUGAAAUCUACUGCUAUUUUUAAAAUAAAAUAAAAAAUUUGUUCCUUGUCUUGUAUAUACAAUAAAUAUGUAAAUAAGA